AUGGAUAACCACCGCGAUCGCAACGUUAGCCGGCCGGUGACCACCUGGAUGGCUAGUCCGUCCUCGUUGACUCAAUCACAAAAAGCUAAGCCAUUUGCUCCACUACCUGUGAUCGCUGAGGCUACUACCUCGAGGCACAAUACGGCCAUAGAUCGAAACCAGACUAAUCGAAAACCGUACACAAACGUCGAAAUCCACAAUAUACCUCCAAUACAAGAUCAGCCUAGUCAACCUUCAAUCCCGGUUACCGUCUCAAGCAUUUGGCAACAUUAUCUCAGAAUCUGCAUAAUUCCGCAUUGGAAUAAAUGGUAUUUGGCCCUUCACAACCAAGAAAUGAACCUGGUUUUAGUAAGAAAAAUCACUGCCUCGAGUUUUCACGCUAUUCAGGAUCUUCCUGCAAUCCGACACGAAAACAUCGCUACUUUCGAGAUUAUUUUCGAGAGCCUAGUACCGUCAUCUCGAGAGUAUUAUAUAGCAGCCGAAUAUAUGGAGCUAACACUACAACACUUAAUCGACUCGGUAUUUGACCUUGAGGAAAGUGAGAUUGCUACUAUCAUACGUGAGAUAUUGGACGCCAGAAGCUUUCUCCAGAUUAACGGUCUCGACCAUUGCGAUAUCACCCCUUCUCGAGUUUUCAUCUCUGCUUCGACCGGAAGUGUUAAGAUCGGCGACCCAUUCGCAAUCAAAAAGAUCGAUACAAAAAAUCGACAAGAUGCUCAAUCUGGAACUCGAUUUACGACGCUCAUCCUUGAAAUGAUGCAACACGGAAGCUCCAGCUUUGAUAACCAGCAGCCAGUUAUCAAAGAACAAGAGAGGUGGUCAUCGGACCUCAAAAACUUUUUGUCCAUUUCCUCAACUGCCUCUCCAGCAGAGAUGCUCAAGGUUGGACCCGUAGUGCGUAUCGGAACUACGAUUAUCUGUGGACUAACUCAGAACCGCAUUAUAGAGCCAAUAUAUAACACGAUACCGCCACAUCAAAACUGGGACUCUGCUCCGUAUUGCUCUUCUUGUGAUGUAUGCGACUUAUCGACCAUAUGA